AUGUCUAUGAUGGGAUAUCUCUGGUGCAAUGAGCGGAGGAUGUAUAAGUUUAUUCGGAGAGCAAAUAUUCCUGCAGAUGAUGAUAGUGACGAAAGCGAAGACCAAGAAGAUGAAGAAGAAAAUGAAGAAGAAGAAGUCAGGCACGAUGUGGAUCACAAUGGUGGAGAUGAUGAUCCUCCACCCGUUGACACUCAAGACUACUCGGACUCCGCUUGGGCUCAGCAGUCGCAUUCAAAUGAAGAAGAUGCUCCACGCUGGGGUGGCUGGGGAUGGGGAAGAGGUGCAGCUCAAAAUAUAAUUCCAAGUUCUACCGGUGCUGCAAAGGCUGUUGGAAAAGUUCUUCCCGAGCUAAAUGGAAAACUCACUGGAAUGGCCUUUCGUGUUCCUACUCCUAAUGUUUCUGUUGUGGACUUAACCUGUCGGCUUCAAAAGAAUGCCUCCUAUGAAGAUGUUAAAGCAGCAAUAAAGCACGCUUCAGAGGGACAAUUGAAGGGAAUUCUUGGAUACACAGAUGAGGAUGUUGUCUCUAAUGACUUUGUUGGUGAUUCAAGGUAAAGUAAAUGUUGCUGUAUUUCAAAUUUAGAUCACUAUCAGCAUCUUUAAGAGGACAGACUCUUGUGCCUUUUAUCUAGUAUACAUGCUAAAAUCUGGUAUUAUGCACAUUUUGAAUUUUCAUUUACAUAUGCUCAAAGCAGAUUUUUAUUUGUCUUAAAACUAAACUUUAUUUAUCUCGCUCUUUUAUGAUAUUAGUCGCAGUUUUUUCUGUUGUGUUAGGAUAUGUUUGUUUGCCAAGUAAGCGUUUUAAUUUAAAUGUAUUUCUUAUUAA